UUUGUUGUGAACGUAAGCGGUCGCCUAAUGUGAUUGUUCGAAGCGAGACUUUAAAGUGUACAUUUCCUGAGAAAAUGGAAGCAUCAAAGGGAAAUAAUUUCGAUGAUCAGUCAUCACAAUUAGCCCAUAUUACUGAUAACUUUGACGAUCCAUUCAUUUUAUUUGAGAAAUGGAUCAAUGAAGCUGAAAGUAAAGACGACCUCGGUUGGCUCAACGUAAUGAAUCUUGCGACAGUGAACAAAGAAUUCGGAGUAUUAAAUCGAAGUGUCAUAUUACUGAAAUUUGAUCAAACUGGAUUCGUAUUUGUGACAGAGCGAAAUAGUCGUAAAUUUACAGAUAUGAUGGAGAAUCCUAAGGUGGCGGCCACACUUUAUUGGAAGUACAAACUGAAUGACAAUAUUGUGCUGAAGCAGAUCCGAAUAAACGGAAGCGUCUCCGAGGUAUCGGCGGAACAGAUCCGACAAUUCUAUGCCGAAGAAGAACUGCCAGGAAGAAUUCGUUGCAAAAUUUGCGUAUGCGGUAAACCGUGCGACUGGCAUGAGUUAAAGAAACAACAUGAUGAAGUGCUGGAAAAUGUUCGCAAUGGCACUGAGAAACUUGAGCAGAACGAGAAUUACACUGCCCUAAAGAUUCAACCCAAAUCAAUAGAUUUUUACUUUUCCAUGCCUGGUUCCAUUGCCGAUCGAAUUCUAUAUACCAAAGAUGAAUCGGGAGGCUGGUCUCAUCAACAUGUAUGUGCCUAGUUAUUCGACAACAAAAAACUACUUCGAAAUGAAGGACCUAGCUGUUGCAAUAAAAGGAUCGUUGUUUUUUGGUUCAACCACAACAUUUUUUCUUUGUUUUUCUCUGUCGGUCUAAAUAUAUUUUACAG